CAGCCGCCCACCCUCCCGCUCGGGAGCCCGAGCCCCGGCCGGGCGCUGCAGCAGAGAGCCUGCCCAGGGGCCCCAGGACCGCCCAGGAGCCGAGGCCGGCACAGUGUCCGCAGAGUGGCCGGGACGGGGAUGGACCAGACCUCGCAGGUACAGGCAUGAGCCAUGAGCCCAAGUCCCCUUCACUAGGGAUGCUUUCCACCGCGACCAGGACCACCGCCACCGUCAACCCCCUCACCCCCUCGCCGCUCAAUGGCGCCCUGGUGCCCAGCGGCAGCCCCGCCACCAGCAGCGCGCUGUCGGCCCAGGCCGCGCCGUCCUCCAGCUUUGCCGCCGCGCUGCGCAAGCUCGCCAAACAGGCGGAGGAGCCCAGAGGGUCUUCACUGAGCAGCGAGUCGUCCCCCGUGUCCUCUCCGGCCACCAACCAUAGCUCUCCUGCCAGCACGCCGAAGCGCGUGCCCAUGGGCCCCAUCAUCGUCCCCCCGGGGGGCCACAGCGUCCCCAGCACGCCCCCCGUGGUGACCAUUGCCCCAACCAAAACCGUCAAUGGCAUCUGGAGGAGCGAGAGCCGGCAGGACGCCAGCUCUCGGGGCAGCAGCAGUGGCCGGGAACGCCUCGUCGUGGAGCCCCCGCUGCCCCAGGAGAAGGCAGGGGGCCCAGCCAUCCCCUCCCACCUGCUCAGCACCCCCUACCCGUUCGGCAUCUCCCCCGGCUCGGUCGUGCAGGAUUCCCGCUUCCCACCGCUCAACCUCCAGCGGCCUGUGCACCACGUGGUGCCCCCUAGCACGGUGACCGAGGACUACCUGAGAAGCUUCCGGCCCUACCACACCGCCGAGGACCUCCGCAUGUCAUCCCUGCCUCCCCUGGGCCUGGACCCAGCCACUGCCGCCGCCUACUACCACCCCAGCUACCUGGCCCCGCACCCCUUCCCCCACCCGGCCUUCAGGAUGGACGACUCCUACUGCCUGUCUGCCCUGAGGUCCCCGUUCUACCCCAUCCCCACCCCCAGCUCCCUGCCCCCGCUGCACCCAUCGGCGAUGCACCUGCACCUCUCUGGGGUCCGCUACCCGCCGGAGCUCUCCCACUCGUCCCUGGCAGCGCUGCACUCUGAGCGGAUGUCCGGCCUCAGCGCAGAGAGGCUGCAGAUGGACGAGGAGCUGCGGCGGGAGCGCGAGCGCGAGCGGGAGCGGGAGGCUGACCGUGAGCGGGAGAAGGAGCGUGAGCGGGAGCGAGAGAAGGAGCGCGAGCGGGAGAAGGAGCUGGAGCGGGAGCGGGAGAAGGAGCGCGAGCGGGAGCUGGAGCGCCAGCGGGAGCAGCGGGCCCGGGAGAAGGAGCUGCUGGCCGCCAAGGCGCUGGAGCCCGCCUUCCUGCCCGUGGCUGAGCUGCACGGGCUGCGCAGCCAUGCCGCCGAGGAGCGGGGCAAGCCCUCGGAGCAGCUGACGCCAACGCGAGCAGAGAAGCUGAAGGACACGGGCCUUCAGGCGCCCAAGCCCGUGCAGCACCCCUUGCAUCCGGUGCCUGCGCCGCACCACGCCGUGCCCGGCCUCAUCUCCAACCACGGCCUCUUCUCCCUGCCGGGCAGCAGCGCUGCCACGGCCCUGCUGAUCCAGCGCACCAAUGAGGAGGAGAAGUGGCUGGCGCGGCAGCGACGGCUGCGGCAGGAGAAGGAGGACCGGCAGUCUCAGGUGUCAGAGUUCCGGCAGCAGGUGCUGGAGCAGCACCUGGACAUGAGCCGGCCCCCGGCGCCAGCGGAGGUGGAGCACAGGCCUGAGAGUGCCAGGCCGGGACCAAACCGUCACGAGCCUGGUGGCCGAGACCCCCCGCAGCACUUUGGUGGGCCGCCGCCUCUGAUCUCGCCCAAGCCCCAGCAUCACACCGUGCCCACAGCCCUCUGGAAUCCAGUGUCCCUGAUGGACAGCGCCCUGGAGACACGGCGGGCCGAGAGCCACCCCCUGCACAGCCACCCCGCUGCCUUCGAGCCCAGCCGCCAGGCAGCGGUGCCGCUGGUGAAGGUGGAGCGGGUCUAUUGCCCGGAGAAGGCAGAGGAGGGGCCGCGGAAGCGUGAGGCCACCCCCCUGGACAAGUAUCAGCCACUGCCCCCAAGGGAGGCGGGGAGCCUAGAGCACCAGGCCUUCCCCCCUGGGCCUGGACCUUUCCUCGCUGAGCUCGAAAAGUCCACCCAGACCCUCCUGGGCCAGCAGCGGGCCUCCCUCCCACAGGCGGCCCCCCUUGGGGAGCUCAGUGGGCCCCUGAAGCCUGGCUCGCCCUACCGGCCCCCGGCGCCACGGGGCCCUGACCCCGCCUACAUCUACGAUGAGUUCCUGCAGCAGCGUCGGAGGCUGGUCAGCAAGCUGGACCUGGAGGAGCGCAGGCGACGAGAGGCCCAGGAGAAAGGGUACUACUACGACCUGGACGACUCUUACGACGAGAGUGACGAGGAGGAGGUCAGGGCCCACCUGCGCUGUGUGGCUGAGCAGCCGCCCCUCAAACUGGACACAUCCUCCGAGAAGCUAGAGUUUUUGCAACUUUUUGGCUUGACCACCCAACAGCAGAAGGAGGAAUUGGUGGCCCAGAAGCGGAGGAAGCGGCGGCGGAUGCUGAGAGAGCGAAGCCCGUCGCCUCCGGCAAUUCAGAGCAAGCGGCAGACACCUUCGCCAAGACUGGCGCUGUCCACCCGCUAUAGCCCCGACGAGAUGAACAACAGCCCUAACUUCGAAGAGAAGAAGAAGUUCCUGACCAUCUUCAACCUUACCCACAUCAGCGCCGAGAAGAGGAAAGACAAAGAGAGGCUUGUUGAAAUGCUCCGUGCCAUGAAGCAGAAGGCACUGUCAGCAGCAAUGGCAGACUCCUUGACAAACUCUCCGAGGGACAGUCCUGCCGUCUCCCUGAGUGAACCAGCCACGCAGCAAGCUUCUCUGGAUACGGAUAAGCCUGUCGCUGUUGCCACUUCCUCGUCUGACGUCCCAAAGGCCGGGGAGCCUGGGAAACUGGAACAGUUCCGGCCCCAGGAGCUAUCGAGAGUCCAGGAGCCAGCUCCUGCCAGUGGUGAGGCGGCCAGGCUGAGCGAGGCCCCUGGGGGCAAGAAGAGCCUGAGCAUGCUUCAUUACAUCCGGGGCACAGCGCCCAAGGACAUUCCUGUGCCGUUGUCUCACAGCUUCAAUGGGAAGAGCAAGCCGUGGGAGCCCUUCAUGGCGGAAGAGUUUGCACAUCAGUUCCACGAGUCAGUGUUGCAGUCCACACAGAAGGCCCUGCAGAAGCAUAAAGGGAGCGUAGCUGUGCUGUCCGCAGAGCAGAACCACAAGGUCGACACGUCCGUGCACUACAACAUUCCCGAGCUGCAGUCCUCCAGCCGUGUCCCUCCACCCCAGCAUAAUGGGCAGCAGGAGCCCCCCACCACAAGGAAGGGUCCCCCCUCCCAGGAGAUGGACCGGGACUCAGAAGAGGAUGAGGAGGAGGACGAUGAUGGAGAAGAUGACGAAGAAGCCCCCAGGCACAAGUGGCAAGGGAUUGAGGCAAUUUUUGAAGCCUACCAGGAACACAUAGAAGAGCAAAAUCUGGAGCGGCAGGUGUUACAGACACAGUGCAGACGGCUGGAGGCCCGGCACUACAGCCUCAGCCUGACUGCGGAGCAGCUCUCCCACAGCGUGGCGGAGUUGAGGAGCCAGAAACAGAAGAUUGUCUCAGAAAGGGAGCGGCUCCAGGCAGAACUGGACCACUUACGGAAGUGCCUUGCCUUGCCUGCAAUGCAUUGGCCUAGGGGCUACUUUAAGGGAUAUCCCAGGUGACGGUUUCCCUUGCACUAGGCUGAACCUAUAGUAUAGAAAUAUUAUCUAUUUUAUUACCUUGAAUAUUUAAUAUUUUUCACUGGGAGGUUUGAAGCUUAAAAAAUUAAGAAUGUGCCAUGCAUGAAGCAAAGGAUUCCAGGCUCCAGAAAGAAAGAACGGACUCACCUUGACUUCAAUGCAGUUGAAUCACCUUUGUCAAUCAGCGAGCAACCAAUGUAGGACGCCCAUAGUUUUUCUUUUUAAAGGUCACUUACUCCUCCUUCCCCCACUUCAUAAUUUUUUAAUCUGAAAAUGAAAGCUCCAUUACCAACACUAAAACUUUAUCAUUCAUAGCCCCCGAUGCAUAUGAUUGGAUCAGACCGGUUAUUUCCCGUUUUUGUGUUGCCAUGUGAUUAUGCCUCAAGAACGAAGUUUGCUUUUGCUGCAAUGAUGAGGUGGGUCUCACUCCUCCAGGAAUGAGACUUGCUUCGGCUGAAAAGGUUGGGUGCAUUGUAAAUAAAAAGGGCUUAUUUGUUUGUUACUUUCCUGCAAAAUUUUCUUGAAAUCAACAGGUCCUAGCAGCACACAAAGCAACAACCCAAAGGCUUUUCCCCGGAAAAGCUCUUACCUAAAGAUAAAACAAAUCCACAAACAAAGGUACCUUUUUAUUACUCUGAGGGGGAGAGAAUGUACAGAGCUCUAUGUAUACAUAUAUUCACACCCACCAAAUUGUUACUGCAGUGGGUAGUGUUUUCAUACAAACGUAAAUUUUGAGAGAAAAGUCAAAGGUGCUUCAGCCUUGUACUGUGUAUAUAUAUUAAAAAA